ACCCGUGCGCACCGAGGGUAUAAAUACUGAAGGUGCGCCACUCUCUGCUCAGUCUUCACGCGCAGUCCUGUUACGCACGGAUCCGGCUUUUAGAAGAGGAGAUACUCGCGUUAAAGCAGAGAGCAGUAGGAAAGUCAGACAGUUUCUUUCGCUUUACUUUAAAACCUUGUGCAUAAAAAAAGACCAUGUCAGUAUUGAGCGCAGUGCCGUUCAUGAGGCCGCUCCAUAUGCGCUCUCCAGCGUCGCAGGGCCGCCGCCACACGCUGCCGGCCAGCGAGUUUCGCUCCCUCAGCCCGGAGGAUGCCAUCAGUGUGUUCGAGAUUGAGAGAGAAGCCUUCAUCUCAGUGUCCGGUGAGUGUCCUCUCCACCUGGACGAGGUGCGUCACUUCCUGACCUUAUGCCCUGAGCUGUCUCUUGGCUGGUUCGAGGAGGGACGUCUGGUGGCUUUCAUCAUCGGCUCACUGUGGGACCAGGAGAGGCUUACCACGGAUGCCCUUACUCUCCAUAAGCCUCAUGGGAGCACCGUCCACAUCCACGUCCUAGCUGUCCACCGGACCUUCCGCCAACAGGGCAAAGGCUCCAUCCUGAUGUGGCGCUACCUGCAGUACCUCCGCUGUCUGCCCUACGUCCGCCGCGCCGUGCUCAUGUGUGAAGACUUCCUGGUACCCUUCUACCGGAAGUCAGGUUUCAAGGUGCGGGGCCCCAGUGAGAUCACGGUGGGCCCCCUCGCCUUCAUCGAGAUGUUGUACCCAGUCAGGGGCCACGCCUUCAUGCGUCGUAACAGUGGUUGUUGAGGACAGAGGGGUUUAAUGAGGAUUUCCCCUGGCUAUCAGUAGUGGUGGGACUCCCCUCUUGGAAAAAGAAUUCGGGGACGUCUGAGCAGCUAUGUCGUACGCGAGUGAGACUGGUUCAGCAGGCGGCGAGGUGUGUGUUCUGACUGUGAGACAGAAAGACAGACGAGAACAAAGAGCUGCCAUCCAGCUGCCAACAACAGCUGUUUGUAAAAGUGGUUGAAAACUACAAAUAUAUUGAUCUGUAGUUUAAUGAGAGAUCCUAAAGAAUGUAAGCAGUUAUUCCAAUUUUACUUUUGUAUAAAACCAUUUUAUUUUGUAUAAAACAUUUUUAUUUUGAAAAAUGAACUAUUGUAUUCAAUAGAACCCAGCUGCCUUGUUUCUUUCUUUGCCCUCUUUUUUAUAUUUAUUAUUUAACCAAUCUAACAUCGUUUCUGGCUAUGAAGCCAAAAAGGACAUUUCUUCAGUCAAUAAAAGUAGUAUCUGCCCAUUAUUAAUGCAUUCAUCCUGUAUAGUUUUGUAUAAACAGCCUGCCUUUCACAGCAGCAUUAGAAGAUUACGAUUUUUGUUUCACUUUGUAACUAAUGAUGAUGAGGGUACGACUAUAAAUAAUAUGCCAAAGUAAUCGCUAAUCCUAAAAUAAAUAUGGAAUGAAAAUACAAAGGGAUAUCAGCAAUCAAUCCUAUAAUAAGUCAUUAACUUGAACAUGCUUAUCUGUUUUAUAUUAAGAUUUGAGUGGCCCUGUCUGUCUCCAUCAGGGACUGUUGUAUGUACUUUACACAUGAAAUCAUCAAUAAGUAUAUUUAGUAUAUAAAUAUUUUCCUAAAUAUAUGUGCUUUCAAAAAUUAUCCUUGAUAGUAUCCUCUAACCUUUCCCCUUGUAGACAAUCACCACCUCUGCCUACCAAAGCCAUGAAUCAAGAUAAUCUUUUGUUUUGUUUUUUACAAUGUUUUGUUUUUCAAAUAAUAAAGGUUAUAUUUUCUAGCA